GAGUAGUGCGACAAGCAAGUUCCCCAUUGCGGACAAUGCACCCGCCUGCGCGAGAAAUGUCCUGGAUACCGGGACGAGUGGGAGCUCGUCUUCCGCGACCAGACCGGGCAGACCAUCCAGCGAUCCAAGGAAAAGCAAAAGAGUAAAAAUGCGAUAUGCCCUGAGACACAGCAUACCAAAGCCGAAUUGGCCAUGCCACCCCGCAGCCUCAGCCCCAGCAUGGGCCAGAGAGGCGUCAACUACUUCUUCCACCACUUCGUCACCGGCGACCACAGCCCAGAACGCGGCUAUCUCAACUACAUCCCCGCCGUGCUCGGCGCGGACGGGGACCACCCAACCCUCGUAGCAAGCAUGGCAGCCGUGGGCCUGGUCGCGUUAGCAAACUCCACCCGGCAGCCCGAGCUGGUCCGGCACGCGCGAGCCAAGUACUCGCAGGCGAUCUGCAGUUUAAACGACGCCCUGGCGUGUCCUGUGGAAUCAUGCAAGGACAGUGUACUGAUGUCCGUGAUUUCGCUAGGUGUUUUCGAGCACUUUUCUAAUUUCGAGUCUUGGGUGCGUCAUGUUAAGGGGGCCGCGGCGCUGGUUGUCGUUCGUGGCAGGGGUCAGUUCCGGAGUAAGGUCUCCAUUUUGAUGUUUAAUCAGGUCCGCGCGGAUAUGAUAAUUUCCUGCCUGCAUACGAAUAGACCCUUUCCACAGGAUAUGCUUUCGCUGCAGGAGGAGGCGUGCAACUACACUGACCCCAUGAGCACGUUCUGGCUACUAGGGGUAUAUGCAACUCGAUGUGUAAACCUCCUGUUUGGCGUGCACAACAAGGUCGGUGGCCUUCCAUGGUCACAUUGGAUCGAGGAGGCGUCAACCCUGCAAUCCGAUUUUCAAUACAUCCUGGGCACCCUGGCAAUUCAGGAACCGUAUAGCACAAUCCGCCAAUCCCCACUGGACCCAGCUGCGGCAUAUAAUGGGCGGUAUGAUGUGUACAGCAGUCCGUGGGCGAUCAGGGUCUGGAACCAUGCUCGCCUCAUGCAGAUGAUUGUCAGCGAGAUUAUGUUCUUUCUGCUGAACGGGGUUCUCAGGGCCAAUCCGCCUCCGCCUUCCUCAGCCAUAGCAGCUGCGACGGUGAAGUUACAAGAUACCGUUCAGAUUCUGUCCGGGCUGGGAAGUGACUUGAUAGCCACCGUUCCACAGGUUUUAGGCGUGGUCGGCCCAGACCGUCUCUCCGCUGCCUCGGAUGCAGGAGUCUCUGGAGGGUACUUACUUAUCUGGUCCCUCUACAUGGUAGGGAAAUGUCCAGUCACAACAGACAAGGCACGGAAGUGGGUCAUUGGACACAUGCGACGGAUCGUGGGGAGUUCAGGCAUUGCAAUGGCGGAGCGGUUGCUGGACGAUGUUGUUAGGAUAGACAACAGCUGUGCGUCGGAGAGGACUGUGUCGUAUACACCAUCGGAGCUUGAAACAUAAGUUCAAUAUAGAAUAUAGACUGCAUAUAUCGAGAUUACCAAAUUGUGGAGAGCUGAAUAAUCCACUCCAUUCCCC